AUGACUCAUAGCACUAAUUUACGUGUAUCGGUAAUUACCUAUGCCGUAUUCCACGUGGUUACUUAUAAGCCUUUAGUGGCAUUGAUUGCUACCAAGAUGGCCCCAAAUUUGCCACCCUCAACGCGAGAAUUCAUUCAUGGUAUGCUGAUGAGUAAUGAGCUCACCACAUCCGAGAUUGCGGAUGCUGCUAAAUGCGAUCCGAGCACAGUAAGCAGGCACAGGACCAACUUGCACUUAUUUGGUACCACGACGGCUCCUCCAAACAAAAAGGGACGCCCACGAAGUCUUCCACCAGUGAUGAUUAAAGCUCUUUGCGAUCAUCUCCUUGAAAAGCCUCAAUUAUACCUUGAUGAGAUGAUCGUAUUCAUUUGGGACGAGUUCGGUAAAAGGGUGAAUGAAUGGAGCAUAAGUCGUGCUCUGAAACGUGAAGGUUGGUCUAAGAAGACUUCGAAACGAAAAGCAAGGCAGCGGAAUCCCGAGCUACGCGAUGGCUAUCUACAUUUAAUAUCCGACUUUCAGUCAUAUCACCUAGUAUAUGUAGACGAGUCAGGAUGUGAUAAGAGGGCAGGUUUCAGAAGGACAGGCUGGUCUCCUCUUGGUACAUCACCAUCCCAAGUGGCUCAGUUCAAUCGUGAUCAGCGGUAUCAGAUCCUUCCAGCCUAUGCUCAAGAUGGAAUCAUCAUGUGUCGCAUAUUCAAAGGCUCAACUGAUGCCUCGUUCUUUGAGGAUUUUAUUGAGGAACUACUUCAUCACUGUGGAAAAUGGCCAGAGCCAAAGUCAGUUAUUAUUAUGGAUAACGCCUCCUUCCAUCAUUCCGACAAGCUAGAAGAUAUGUGCUCAAGAGCUGGUGUCAAAUUGGUAUACUUACCCCCAUAUUCUCCUGAUCUCAAUCCGAUUGAGGAGUUCUUUGCUGAGUUGAAGGCCUUUAUCCGGCGUCAUUGGCAAUAUUAUGAGGAUAACCCGGAUCAAGGGUUUGAUAGCUUCCUCGAUUGGUGUGUUGAGAAAGUAGGUGAAAGGGCCGGAAGUGCAAAAGGGCACUUUCGAAAUGCAGGCCUAACAAUUGAAGAGGCGCCUAGCUGUAAGUAG